UUCUUUCGCUAAUUUUUCAGAAUUUCAGCAAGCGCCAAGCCGUGACUCAGUCACAUCGCCCUCCCAGUCCCACCUCCUCCUUCUCCAACCAUCCACAGCCGCUUCUCUAACCAAUCUCCUUCUCACAUUUCCAUGAAUUUCUCUUACUAGCCCUCAGAUUAUUCAUUCUUACACUCUACCAACAUGCCGUCGCCAUUAAAAUCGGAAUCGAAAUCUGAAUUAGCUACUUCCAAGGUCAGAUCUCUGCAGCUUGUGCCGCACGAGAACAAUGCAGUCACCGAUUACACUCCCAUGCCGUUGGCUAUUUCUGACCCUGAGAUUUCGAUGGAGGCAUGUUUGACGAGAAGGUCACCGAGGUUUAGUGUUAGUCCUGUGGGUGUUAGUCUGCAGAAUGUGGUUAGAAAUAGCGUUAAAAGAGCUCGUUCUGGUUCUUCUACUGAUAUGCAUCUUGGAUUGUUAGAGAAUGAGACUUGUCAGAGAAGGUCAUCGAGGCUACAUCCUGGAUUGGCUGGUGGAAGUGGAGAUGGAACUGGGAAGCUACCUUUAGAGAAUUGUAAAUUGUUGUUAAUGGAUGAUGGUAGCUUGAGAAGGUCGCCACGGUUCAAUGUGUCUGGGGGUGAAAGUGGAGAGAUAAUGGAGGAGUUGUGUACAAGAAGUACUACGUCGAAGAAGAGGAAAAUCAGUGAUUCAGGAAAUUCUGCAACGGAAUCGUCGGCCGAGCUGAGGUCCUUGAGACGGUCUCCUCGAUUCGACUCGAUUAACCGCGAUGAGAGGAAAUGCGGCUUCAAUCAGGGUGAAAAGGAUACUGAACAAUGCUUGACUUAUGAAGCGGGAAAAGAUGUAGUUAAAAAUGUGGAGGGCAUGGAGCAGAAGUUUGUUAGGAGAUCUCCGAGAUUUUCAUCUAAUCACGUAGCAAAUGAAAUUGGAUGUAGUAUAUCUUCAUCGAAAAAGAUUUCCUCAAGAAAGCUUAAAUCUCCCAAGAAAGACAGCUUUGAUGAAUUGACAGCCCACGGUGCUGAAAUGAAUUCAUCAAAAAAAGUAGACACAGAAGAAUUAUCUUUCUCAAAGCAAGAAGAGAUCAAUGAAGCAAUACUUUCUUCGUUGUUGAGAACUUCAAAACUCACCGGAGGAUUUUGUCUCAAGAUAGAAGACGAACUAUCACCUUGCUCACUGUGUAGAAAUCACGAAGAAGAGCCUAAACUCUUCAGUGGAAACUCUCAUUUUAUUGCCGAGAAGCAUUUAAGAAGGUCUCCAAGGCUUUCCGCAGAUUCUAAAUGUGAUUGCAAUGUUGAUUAUUGUAGUGGGUUUGAUACGAAAAUUCAGAAGCCAUUAAGUAGAUCUCCAAGACCUUCAUUAUCUUCAUGUGAAAACGAGCAAUCCAAGCCCUUAGAUAAUCAAACGUCCAAGUUUGCCCGUGGGACCAAAGCGAGUGAAACCAGACAUUCUUCCUCUGAACUUCUAGAGUCAGGUACAGGGCAUCCUCUGGAGAAAACUAAUAAUUCUUCAGGUGCCGACAAGAAAAACAACGUAAGCAAAAUGGCUUCUUUCUUUGUUGGAGAUCCAGUUCCUGCCGAUGAGGCUCAACAGAGAUGGAAAUGGCGCUAUGAAAUGAAGAAUCAAAUUACUAAGGAGCAGAAGGUGACAGAGAGUGAUGAUGAUGAAGAUAUGAUUGUGGUUAAUGUGGAUUGCCAUUAUACUCAAGCUAAUAUUGGAAAUACUGUUUUCAGUCUUGGAGAUUGUGUAUACAUCAAGGGUGAAGGAGAAAAAAAUCACGUUGGGACGAUUAUAGAAUUUUUCAAAACAACAGAUGGGGAUAAUUAUUUCAGAGGACAAUGGUUUUAUAGAGUAGAAGAUACAGUUAUACAGGAAGAGGGCGCUUUUCAUGACCCAAGGCGUUUAUUUUAUUCAACGGUUAUGAAUGACAAUCCAUUAGACUGUAUUGUUUCAAAAGUUAAUAUUAAACGAGUAAAACCCAGGGUAGGUCAGAAAUCGAACUCUGCAUCUUCAUAUGAUUUCUAUUAUGACAUGGAAUACUGCGUAGAGUAUUCGACUUUUCGUACAUUGAAAAAUGAUGAAUCGCUUAAGAACGUUGACACACCAUCCAACCUUGACAAAGCAGCACCAACCAACUGCAUUGAUACUCCUCAUGUAACAUCCACAUCGAACACUUUCGAGAAUAUGCCCAAGAAGGCUGAGUUAGAAUUAUUAGAUCUAUUCUCUGGAUGUGGGGGAAUGUCAACUGGACUGUGCCUUGGUGCAAAACUUUCUUCCAUUGAUCUCAUUUCGAGAUGGGCUGUUGAUAGCCAUAUGUCUGCUUGUGAGAGCUUGAGACUGAAUCAUCCAGAAACACAUGUCAGAAAUGAAACUGCUGAGGAUUUUCUGGACUUAUUAAAGGAGUGGGAAAAACUGUGUAGACGUUAUAAGGCAAAUGAAUCAGAGGGAUCACACCAAUUGAGGUCAAAAGCCAAUGAUUAUUUAACAUCCUCCGAUGAUGAAGAUGAAUUUCCAACUUCUGAGUUUGAGGUCUCCAGCUUAGUUGACAUUUGUUAUGGUGAUCCAACCAGAACAGGCAAACGUGGAUUAAUGUUUCUGGUGCGUUGGAAAGGCUAUGGUCCAAGUGAAGAUACAUGGGAACCAAUCGAAGGUUUAAGCAACUGCCAAGAAGCAAUUCAGAAUUUUGUGAAGAGAGGUUUGGGAGAAAAGAUUUUGCCACUCCCUGGGGAUGUUGAUGUUAUUUGUGGAGGUCCUCCUUGCCAAGGGAUCAGUGGCUAUAAUCGCUUUAGAAACACCGACUGUCCUAUGGAUGAUGAACGGAAUCGCCAGAUAGUUAUCUUCAUGGAUAUAGUGAAGUUUUUAAAGCCUAAAUAUGUAUUGAUGGAAAAUGUGACUGACAUUUUGAGAUUCAACCAAGCUUCUCUUGGACGAUAUGCAGUGAGUCGUUUGGUACAUAUGAAUUACCAAGCAAGACUUGGAACAAUAGCUGCUGGAUGUUUUGGCCUCCCACAGUUUCGGUUGCGUGUUUUCCUUUGGGGUGCCCGUCCCAGUGAGAAACUGCCUCAAUUUCCACUUCCAACGCAUGAAGUAAUUGUUAGAUAUUGGCCCCCACCCGAAUUUGAGCGAAAUACGGUUGCUUAUGAUGAGAACCAACCCCGUCAACUUGAGAAAGCUGUUGUUCUUCAAGACGCCCUCUCUGAUCUCCCAGCUGUCUCGAAUUCAGAGUCUUGGGAAAAAAUGCCAUACGAAAAGCCUCCUGAAACAGAGUUUCAAAGAUAUAUAAGAUCGUCUAAAUACGAGAUGACAGGAUGUGAAACAGAUAACAGAAGUACAGAUACACUUUAUGACCAUCAACCACACUUGUUAGGCGAAGACGACCACUUGCGAGUUUGUAACAUUCCAAAGAGAAAGGGGGCAAAUUUCAGGGAUCUCCCUGGUGUUAUUGUGGGGAGUGACAAUGUUGUGCGAAGAGAUCCAGCAAACGAAGUAUUACUACCAUCUGGAAAAUUGAUGGUACCAGACUAUGCUAUCUCUUUUGAACAAGGGAGGUCUAAAAGACCAUUUGGCAGGCUGUGGUGGGAUGAGACAGUGCCCACCGUAGUGACUUUCCCAAGUUGCCACAGCUCGGUAGCAUUGCACCCAGAACAAGAUCGAGUCCUCACCAUAAGAGAAUAUGCAAGAUUGCAAGGGUUCCCAGACUAUUAUAAAUUCUCUGGGUCUGUCAAAGAGAGAUAUCGUCAAGUUGGGAAUGCAGUCGCUGUAUCGGUGUCACGAGCAUUGGGGUAUUCCCUUGGAUUGGCAGUGAGAAGAAUGGGAGGCGAUGAACCAUUGAUGGUUCUUCCUCCCAAGUUCUCUCUUUCUAACUACAUUCAAUUACAAAAGCCACCUGAUCAUAAUGAUACUGAUUAGCAAAUUUUUUGUCUUUAAAUUGUCGCUGCCCUGAAAGUGUAAAAACCCACUUUCAUUGUAUUAACAUUCUUGUUAGGGCACUCACUUGAUUUAUCUCACCUUAACAACCGUAAUUUUGAUUUGUUGUAAGCAUAUUCUCCCUAACCAUUUAGAGAGAGAGGUAUGUAUUUUUACAAUGAUCUCAAAUUUUGAGAUAGUUGUUGAAAUUAUUCUUGUGUUUGUUAGAAAGGAAUGCAAGAUAAUUAUUAACCGUUCCGUUCAAA